AUACUUGAUAUAAAGGUAGCGUCUUGACGCGUUCUCAAUUCCUACACAAUAGAGUUUAGUGUAUUAAUAUAGUAAUUUAGCCAAUUUUAUUUUAUUUUAUGAAUUUAUAACUAUUUGACUGUGUGUUUAGUGCUUCAGUUAAUUUGAUAUUAUAUUUUUAUCUAUUUUUCAAAAUGUCUAUUGAAAUCGAAUCUGCAGAUGUCAUUCGUCUCAUACAACAAUAUCUGAAAGAAUCAAAUCUAUUGAAAUCACUCCAAACCCUUCAAGAAGAAACUAGUGUAUCUUUAAAUACAGUAGACAGUAUUGAUGGGUUUGUUGCUGACAUUCAUAAUGGUCAUUGGGACACAGUAUUAAAAGCAGUACAGUCAUUGAAAUUACCUGAUAGUAAAUUAAUUGAUUUAUAUGAACAAGUUGUUUUUGAACUAAUUGAAUUACGUGAACUUGGUGCUGCUCGAUCACUAUUACGUCAAACAGAUCCUAUGAUUGCACUAAAACAACAUGAACCUGAUCGUUAUAUACACCUUGAAAAUUUACUUGCUCGCUCAUAUUUUGAUCCUCGUGAAGCAUAUCCUGAAGGCACAUCUAAAGAAAAACGUAGAAUUGCUAUUGCUCAGUCAUUAGCUGGUGAAGUAUCUGUAGUACCUUCAUCUAGGCUUCUAGCUCUUUUGGGUCAAGCAUUAAAAUGGCAACAACAUCAAGGUCUCCUACCUCCAGGUACAUCCAUUGAUUUAUUUAGAGGUAAAGCAGCAGUUCGAGAUUUAGAAGAAGAAACAUUCCCGACUCAAUUAUUUAAACAAAUUAAAUUUGUCCAAAAGAUUCAUGUUGAAUGUUCUAGAUUUUCACCAGAUGGCCAAUUUCUAGUAGCUGCCACUGUUGAUGGUUUUAUUGAAGUGUACAAUUUUGUUACAGGAAAGAUAAGAAAAGAUCUUAAAUAUCAGGCUCAAGAAAAUUUUAUGUUAAUGGACGAUGCUGUUCUGAGUUUAAAUUUUUCUCGUGACAGUGAAAUGUUAGUGUCUGGUUCUCAAGGUGGAAAAGUGACAGUUUGGAAAAUUAUGACUGGACAAGUAAUGCGAAAAUUUGAAAAAGCUCAUGUCUUGGGGGUAACUUGCGUUCAAUUUUCUCGAGAUAAUACUCAAAUAUUGACUGGAUCAUUUGAUAUGACUAUAAGAAUUCAUGGUUUGAAAUCUGGUAAAACCCUUAAAGAAUUUAGAGGACAUACAUCAUUUGUUAAUGAAGUUAUAUACACUGUUGAUGGUCAUAGUAUAAUUAGUGCAUCUAGUGACAGCACUGUAAAAGUAUGGAGUGUGAAAACCACAGAAUGUACCCAUACUUUUAAAUCCAUGGGAGCAGCUGAUGUAGCUGUUAACAAUGUACAUCUUUUCCCCAAAAAUCAGGAUCAUUUUGUUGUUUGCAACCGUUCCAAUACAAUAGUAAUAAUGAAUAUGCAAGGCCAAAUUGUUAGAUCAUUUACUAGUGGGAAACGUGAAGGUUGCAAUUUUAUAUGUUCAACCGUUUCACCCAGGGGAGAUUGGAUAUAUGCAGUUGCUGAAGAUCAUAAUUUAUACUGUUUUUCAUUAAACAGUGGAAAAUUAGAAAAAACUUUACAAGUACAUGAAAAAGAUGUUAUUGGACUUACACAUCAUCCUCAUCAAAAUUUAUUGUGUACCUAUUGUGAUGAUGGUAUGGUUAGAUUAUGGAAGCCUUAAAUUAGUUUUCAAGUUCAUUGACUUAAAUAGUUGUAUAUAAUUCAACUAUAAAUAUAUAAAAUCUUAUUCAGUAUGUUUAUGUACACUUUGGAAUAUAUUAAUAAUAUUUUACAUUUUUAA